AAUUGCGUCAUAGCGUUCUAACAAUAUGGCUGCUCGUUGAAAAUUGGGGUUACAUCAAUUUACGCAAUAUUAGGACAGGUAUAGUAAUCAUAUAUCACCCUAAUUGCUUAGGGAGCAGCAAAUUUGAUAUCUUUAGAAUUCUUACUAUUUGCGUAAUUAUGCAUCAUAGAUAAGGUCUAGAAGUUAUUCAAAUUAAAACUUACGUAAUCAUAGCCUAUUUUAUUAGUUUUGUUAUCAGAAAUAUUUCACCAUCGCUUAGUCAUUGAACAUUGAAAAUGUUGAACGAAUAUUCCAAUUAUUAAUCCUCAAAAUAGGGAUAGAAUAAACUAAGCAUUAGGCCUAUUAUGAGUCAAGACGCAGAGUUACCAUCGGAUAAAACCUCGGAAAAGCAGGUUGCAGUUUACAUAAUGAAAUUGUUGAUAAGAAAUAUAGCAUUGGAAAAGAAAUUGUAUUCAUUAAAUUCUGACGGAAUAUUAGAAGACAUUACCCCCAAUGAAGCAUUAACUUAUUUACCAGACUCUAUAAAGCCAUAUCUAAUUCAUUAUUUAUUCGAAGAAAAUGGCCAGGAGAAAAAGCCCAAGCCAAGGGAUGAAAGAGAAAUGACUGGUUUAGAAUUAGAAGCGGCCGAAUGCUUAACUACUCUAUUGACUAGUAGGAUAAAUGAUCAAAAUCGCCAACAAUUGCAAACAAAGAUAAAAACUGAAACAAACAAUACUGAAACUAUUCUAUCUGUACCAAAACCUUCAACUUCUUCAGUAAAAUCAAGAGAAGGGACCAGUGACGGUGGAGAGGAAAACGAAAAUAUGCAGAGAAAAUACUUAGAUAGAAGAGCAAAAAACAAUUUCGCCGCAAGAAAAUGUCGAGAAAAGAAACGAAUGGAGAAUGCAAAAAGACAGCAGCAAAAUUCGAAUUUAGCCUAUGAAAAUGCAAAAUUAAAAGCUGAGUUACAGGUUCUAGAGGAUGAGUAUGAAUCUUUAAAAGACUUAAUACAGAAGAAGAGAUUGGCUAAAGAAAGAGGUGAAGAAUUUCAUUUACCACCCCCAAUUGCCGAACAGUAUUCGGAAUGGAAGAAACAAAAUGAGGAAAUUAAUAUGGGAAAAUCAAAAGAAAGUAUUGCUAGCUCAGAUAACAGUGCUUAUGACAGCUCAGACGAAGAUGGCAAAUUGGUUGUUGAUACAUCAUAAAAUAUUGGAUAAUUUAAUUUUGUAUCCUUUCUCAAACUGCCCUCAGCCAUCUCUAUUAUGAGUACUUUGUUUUUUUCGGAAAGCAUAAAAAAGUGUGCUUAUUUUUCUAUUGUAAAAAGAGUGAAAAUAUAACUUCUUUAUAUGUAAUUUACUACUCUUCUAUACUUAAUCAUAUAUAUGCCGGCAAAGGUAUAUAGGUAUAUAAGUAUUGUAUAUUGUUAAGUGAGGUUAACAUUUUAUAAAUAAUCUUUUUCUGUCUAAAAUAUAAUGAAAAAAGAAAAGAUAAAAUUGCUUCUUUUUUUUUGUCCGUAAUUUGAGAGGAAAAGAGAAAACAAUAUCUUAAGCUAUUCAACAAUGAGUUGUUAAUUCAGCACCGUCUCUUUCUUUAGUCCUUAGUAAAGUACCAUCAAGAUCGUUAGACCUUCUACGUAAAAAACAACAAGCGAAUCCAAAAGACGUUAGAAGUACGCCCAGUAUUGCUGAGCAACCACCCAUAAUCCUCCAGAUUAAUAACGGACUGCCAACAGCAACAAGAAGGCUGACAAGACCCAAUAUAGUCAACAUAGCUCCGAAGGAUAUUUGAACAAUUGGUAUCCGAUAGAUGGCACAGCAUUUCAAACGUUUAAUCGAACGUCCACCUUGGCCUCCUGCACUUCUAAUAGGAGAGGCUCGCCUCCUGCCAGGUUUUCCAAGGCUUGAAAAGACUAUUUUGUUGCUACUCAUUAAAUUUAAGUAGGCUGGUCAAAUACCAACGGUCUCCUUAAUUAACCGUUGUAUAAUUAUGGAAAAUAAGUGUUUGUACAAGGCCAAUUUACUUCUGUUAUAAAAUGCUUAAGGCUCUUUUAAAGGGAACUGAGAGAAGCUGAAACUCAAAAAUACAUGUGUUAUCGAUUAUCGUAGAAUAUAUACUUUUAUUUAAUGCAUACGAAAAGAAAAUGACAAAUAUUUUAAGCCUAUUAAAGGGUCUAAGCUGAGCAGAGAGAAUUAUUGUCAAUACCAUGAAAUUAUUUUUGCUAACGGAUACGGGAUAAAACCUUCGAUGGAUGUAACUGAUUCUUUUAGUCAAUGAUAGACAUACCAACACAUAAUGAUAUAUUUCCUUUAUCGGCGUAUCUCACUCCUAACUACCGGAUGAUAGGGUUAUAAUUGAAAGUUUACACGAAUAUUUUAGUCAAUAUGAGUUUUGUAUAAUUGGAAAUAUAUAAAUAAAAAAGCAUAAAAUCUCUUCCUAAAAAGAGAUACGUGAGAAAGAAAGUGGAAUUUAAUUUUCGCUGUAUUUCGAUCACGAUUGCGUAAUAGCUAUUUUCCUCAAACUCCAUCCUCAUAUAGUUGACCGGGAUAAAAGAAACAAUCAAUUCCUUGUUAUUUGACUAAAGGUACGACAAUUUAUAUAAAUGGGCCUAUUUUGGCGUACAAAUUUUCUCUUAGAAAAAAAGGGCAUAGACAACAUACUGCUAUCUUUCUAAAAAGAGGAAAUAGUAAAGAUCGGAAAACGGAGAAAAUGAUUGCGAUAUUUUGAAAUAUCUCGUCACUCGAAAAGAUGCAUAGCACUAAUAAAAAAUACGUACUUCGAAUAAAAAAUAACAAUUCUCCUAGCCGGAUUGCCAACCGCGACUAACUGAGUAAAGAGAUGCUCACAAGACGGCGUGUUUUCUCUGAACGGAUUAGCGUUCGUAGUUUAUCCAAACUCUUUUGUCGUAAAAAGUAGAAGAAAAACAAACUUAUUCCCGGGAUAGUAGAGCGUCAUUGUUCUUGCAGUCUAUCUUACAGCAUCUAAAGCGACGCCUAGUUAUAGAAUCUCUGCCGGAAGUGUAUAGGUUAUCUUUGUUAUAUGAAAUAUUUAUUCAAAUUGAGUGCGAUUUCAUUUUCAAUUGUUUUCUU